AGUUUCGCUGCGAAUCUCGCUGGGGAUGCGGCUCUGCCGGAGUUUUUGUUGUGCCAUGUAUGUGGCCUGACAGUGCCACAGUCCUGCAGGGCUGCCGAGUGGGAACUGGUCACACUCGAGCAGCUCUGCUGUUGCAAAUUAAAAGUGUGUUGUGGUCAGGAAAUGAAAGCUACAAUGUCUCUUUUGAACAAGUCGUUUAUCAAGAGAAACAUCUAUCAAGCAGUGGCUUGUCACAUUGAUCCUCUAAAAGUUAGGUCCGAAGUGGGAGCCGCUUUGAUGUUUUUGAUCCCAAAUUUAUAAAAUUGAAAAAGCUGGAGAGAAUAGGACCAAUUUGCACUUAAAAAUGACUCAGCUCAAGGCGUGACAAAAUCAUCAAGUAUCUGUGAUACAGAGCUGGUAAACCAGGGAGGUAUCGGAUCCGCUGCCUGAUUUUUAUUUUCACGUCGAAACUUUACCUUUGCACUCACGCAUCCUUGUUUGUGGUUUUAAAGAUCCUGUGCCUAUGCUCGUGCGUUACUCCGUGGUGGAGAUUUCCUUGCUCGGGAAUACAUCUGUUGCUUUCAAACUGAGCCUUUUUCCAUUGCUGUUUUUGUGAUGGUAUUUAUAGCGUUCAGUUCGAGGAGGCAAUCUCAGAUUUUCUUUCCUCUCAUCCCAGUCUUGUUGCUCCUCGCGUGUUUGUAAUCUUGCUUUCACCUCUCCUCCCUGUGAAGCAAAGUUUCUUUUACUGCCAAAGUAAUGUUUAUUGCAGGAGUGGUACAUCUGGAGACAUCUGUUUGCACAGCUUAAACCACGCUAAGGGUCCUGUUGAGUGUGUCUUUCCCUCCUCAUCCUCUUUUUGUUUCCAUUUUUGACACGUGAACUGUACUUUCAUUCUCAGCAGAAGCAGCGUGUUUCAAACUGAAUGUAAAGCGCGAGGAUUCAAGGAAGAACAAAACCAAAACAAAGUCUAAACUGAUCUUUUCCCUUCUCCGUGCUUAUUUUCAACCAUUUUAAUUGUUUAGCAACUUCUCUAAAAAGUUUUUCAUUUUGUAUGAAGUUUAUGUUUGGAUUAUCAAGGAAUCCCUCCGGAUGAAUGAAAGGGGGAAGCUUUUGUUGUUUGUGUGGGGGGGUUGUUGUUGUUAUUGGCUUUUUUCUUUUUUUUUUUCUUUUUUUUUUCCUUCUUUUUGGCUAAGGGAUGAGGGAAGUCUUUACAGCAGAAUGCUUUGACUCCUUUUCUUCAGUGUCAUAAAUGAGACUAAUACUUAUGGAUACUUGUUAGAGACCCAUUUGCAAAUAGGCAGCAAGCAGCAGCGUGGUGGGAGUUGUGGCUUGAAGAUGCAGUGGACGCCGGAGCAUGCCCAGUGGCCAGAACAGCACUUUGAUAUCACCUCCACCACCCGGUCCCCUGCCCACAAGGUGGAAGCGUACCGGGGGCACCUGCAGCGCACCUACCAGUACGCCUGGGCUAACGAUGACAUCUCGGCUCUGACUGCCUCCAAUCUCUUGAAAAAGUAUGCAGAAAAAUACUCUGGAAUUUUGGAGGGCCCAGCUGAACGGCCUAUUCUCAGCAAUUACACUGAAGCUCCCUCGGGGCUGGUGAACGGACGGAAGAAUGAAAGUGAGCCCUGGCAGCCUUCGUUGAAUUCAGAGAGUGUGUAUCCCAUGAAUUGCGUACCAGAUGUCAUCACUGCCAGCAAAGCCGGCGUGAGUGCUGCCCUCCCUCCCGCAGAUGUGUCAGCCAGUAUCGGGAGUUCGCCCGGAGUGGCCAGUAACCUGGCUGAACCUAGCUACUCCAGCAGCACCUGCGGAAGUCACACUGUUCCCAGUCUUCAUUCAGGGCUCCCAUCUCAGGAAUACGCCGCAGGAUACAAUGGCUCCUACUUGCAUACCAGUUACAGUGGCCAACCAGCACCUGCACUUCCAUCCCCUCAUCCGUCCCCCCUGCAUAGCUCGGGGCUUUUACAGCCCCCACCACCGCCGCCGCCACCACCAGCCCUAGUCCCUGGCUACAACGGGACCUCAAACCUCUCCAGUUACAGCUACCCAUCUGCCACUUAUCCUCCUCAAACUGCUGUUGGCCCUGGGUACAGCCCUGGGGGUGCCCCACCACCCUCGGCCUACCUGCCGUCAGGAAUCCCUGCUCCAACCCCUCUGCCCCCCACUACCGUCCCCAGCUACUCCUACCAGGGCCAUGGCCUGACGCCCAUUGCGCCGUCUGCCCUGACCAACAGUUCAGCCAGCUCUCUCAAAAGGAAAGCUUUCUACAUGGCAGGGCAAGGAGAAAUGGACUCCAGUUAUGGAAAUUACAGCUAUGGCCAACAGAGAUCUACACAGAGUCCCAUGUAUCGAAUGCCCGACAACAGCAUUUCAAAUGCAAACAGGGGGAAUGGAUUUGACAGAAGUGCUGAAACAUCAUCCUUAGCAUUUAAGCCAACAAAGCAGCUAAUGUCCUCUGAGCAGCAAAGGAAAUUCAGCAGCCAGUCCAGCAGGGCUCUCACACCCCCAUCCUAUAGUACUGCUAAAAACUCGCUGGGUUCAAGAUCGAGUGACUCGUUUGGGAAGUAUACCUCCCCGGUAAUGAAUGAGCACGGUGACGAGCACAGGCAGCUCCUCCCUCACCCAAUGCAAGGCCCGGGACUUCGUGCAGCUACCUCAUCCAACCACUCUGUGGACGAGCAACUGAAGAAUACUGACACACACCUCAUUGACCUUGUUACCAAUGAGAUUAUCAACCAAGGACCUCCCGUAGACUGGAAUGACAUCGCUGGCCUAGAUCUAGUAAAGGCCGUCAUUAAAGAGGAGGUUUUAUGGCCAGUAUUGAGGUCAGAUGCAUUCAAUGGACUGACUGCUCUACCUCGGAGCAUCCUUUUAUUUGGACCUCGGGGAACGGGCAAAACAUUAAUGGGGAGAUGUAUAGCUAGUCAGCUGGGGGCCACAUUUUUCAAAAUCACUGGCUCUGGCCUUGUCACAAAGUGGUUAGGUGAAGGAGAAAAAAUUGUCCACGCCUCCUUCCUUGUGGCAAGGUGUCGCCAACCCUCAGUGAUUUUUGUUAGUGACAUUGAUAUGCUUCUUUCUUCGCAAGUGAGUGAAGAACACAGUCCAGUAAGUCGGAUGAGAACCGAGUUCCUUAUGCAGCUGGACACUGUACUGACUUCUGCUGAGGACCAAAUAGUAGUAAUUUGCGCCACAAGUAAACCGGAAGAAAUUGAUGAAUCUCUUCGAAGGUACUUCAUGAAACGACUUUUAAUCCCACUUCCUGACAGCACAGCGAGGCACCAGAUAAUAGUACAACUGCUCUCACAGCACAAUUACUGUCUCAAUGACAAGGAGGUUGCACUGCUUGUCCAGCGCACAGAAGGCUUUUCUGGACUAGAUGUGGCUCACUUGUGUCAGGAAGCAGUGGUGGGCCCACUCCAUGCCAUGCCAGCCACAGACCUUUCAGCCAUUAUGCCCAGCCAGUUGAGGCCAGUUACAUAUCAAGACUUUGAAAAUGCUUUCUGCAAGAUACAGCCUAGCAUAUCUCAAAAAGAGCUUGAUACAUAUGUUGAAUGGAACAAAAUGUUUGGUUGCAGUCAGUGAUACUACUUAAAAAAAAAAAAAAAGUAAUGAAUGUUGGCACACACAGAACCUGCUACAUAGGGUAGAGAACCCUUUUCAGUAGUGUUAAAAUUGCAAAGGGUACUGGGAAGACUACAAUAUACCUUGCCUCUAAAGAGCCAGGGUAGACUUGAAGGAAAAGUGCAUCAAACAAGAGCUGCUGAUCUGAAAAAGCCACACAUGACAGAAAGCGCGUGUUGAUGCUCAGUUCUGUUCAAGCUAGACAAUACUCACCAAGGAGCAAGGUGCAAGUGGGUUGAUUUCAGAAGGACAUGAACCCUGUGUGUUGAUUCCAUUCUGCUGUUCUUGAGAUUUAGUUGCUGUCAAGUGCCUGAAGUGGUGCUUUAUUUUUUGUUUGCCUCACAAUUACAUUGGUGGCAUGUGCUAAUAUAAAGAGCUUUAACUUCAAACAUUAUUGGACUAAAGAGAUGAACGGUUGUAUUGCGACAGAGAACCAGAUUUUUGCUAUUCUAAGAGCAACAGUAUUCCUCAAUCCUGUCUGUUCUGCGGUGUUAAACUAAGAACAGGUAAAACAGGGUAAUGGUAAUCUGGACCUUAAUUUCUGCAGUUCAUUUCUUUUAAUGUUCUGUCUGCAAAAACUCAGGAAAGUGAUUGUGAUUUGUACAGUACCUCAAAGGAAUGUGUUGAAAGCACUAUGUACUGCUGAGAGUUAUAGGCUAGGCUUCAAUGUUACUUUAUAUUAAAUAUGUAUGUUUACCUCAACAAUUGGAAAAUGGCAAGGAAAAUUACUUUGAAUGUAUCCAGGAAAAAAAACUAAAGUGUGAUAUGACUGAAGCUUUACAGUUUUUAAAAUUAGAAACAGAAGGAUUUCAGUGUUAGGAAACUGUUCUUUUGCCAAUUUGUCACAUCAAACCAGAGCAGAACAAUUUUUCUUGUUGGUAAACUGUAAGAGUUUUCAGCAUAUUGCUCCUUGAUAAUUAUGUGAUACAGUCUUUAGAAGGUGCUUAGAUGAAAGAAAAAAAAAAAAAGCCACAUAAUCGGUUUAUGUUAGCAGCUGAAACAGUCAAAUGUAAGAUUUGGUUGGAUUCCGAGAGGCAAGUUACCUUAAGCUGUGACUGCCGGCGCUUACUAAGGGGCUCUGGUUGUGGUUUUGAGGUUAUUUGGGUGGAGCUGUAGGGAGUGGAAUCAGUGUAGGUCACUGGCAGAGCUAUGGGUUGCAGAGAUGUUGAUAGCAACACGGUAGACUGUGACCAAAUAAACAGUACAAAUAGCAAAACAAAACUGAACCCUCAAAGUACGUUUAUUUCCCUUUCCAAACUGUAAAGUUGAGUUUUUGUUAUGUGCGUACAGCUCCAUUGUCCUUGAUGCAAUCUUCAUUUAGCAUCCAUUAGAAAUCUUUCAGGCUGGAGUGUGCCCACCAUUAUUUCUACCUCAGUUUUGUUACAUUUCUCUUGGAAAGCAAAGUAAGAAAUAGGGCAAAAAACAAAACCAACACAGAAGUCAGAUUACAUUAGGAAUGUGAACCUGCUAAACGAGUUUCAGAGAGCUGCUGGUUUUCCCCUGAAGUCAAGUUUUCUCCAUGCUAGUGCUCUUUACUCCCCUUCCCACCCCCCCCGAAAUAUACAUACUCUGGUGUCUUCCUUCUGGAAAGAUGAGCUGGCAUGUGUGACAUUUUGCUCAGUUCUCCCCACCCCCCCAUCUUUCUUUUUAUCCUUUAAUGCUUUCUGUGCAACUCUUUUCAUGACAGCUGACUGAUGUUGGGUAAUGUCUCUGAGCAGGAACAGUGUAUGUUGCAGCUGCCCAAAGCCUCUGCCAUCACGUGAGCAAAACAGCCUUGCUUUUUGAAUGUAUUUUUUUGUUUGUUUACUUUAAAGAGACAGUAACAAAACUGUUGCAAAGCACUGGCAUUUAAUGUUUCUGUUAAGUAAUGUACAUUCAAAACCAUUGAAUAAAUGCACUGAAAAGCCCCAAGAAGAGAGAUACCAAUCUGUUAUGAGAUCAUGCUUGUCUUCUCAAAAAUUGUACAGAUCUUGUCUGUUUUGUUAAAUCAAUGGAGACAUUUAGCAUUCAGAAAGCUAAUGAGGGAUUUUGUGAUAUUGCUGGAAAUUUAUGGCUAUUGAUUACUACUUUCCUUUAUCUUUCUUUUAAUAUAUAUAUAUAUAUAAAUAUAUAUAUAUUUAGAUAGAACGUGCUAAAAACAGAGCAAAUAAACCAAAAUCUAAUAUAAGAUGGAUUCCUGGCAAACAUUUUGUCUAUCUAAAACUUUAUGUUUUAAGCAUAAAAAUACCAUUUUAAAACAGUGCCUUUCAUUAAGGAUGUAGAAAGUAAGACUUAAGUACAUCACCUGCUUUCUUUCUUUCUUUUUUUUUUUCCUUUCUUUUUCCUUUCAACAGCAAUUACAGUCUAUGGUCUUUGUUAUGACCCAGUCUUUCUGCUUCCCUAAACCUCCACAGGCUGGUUCUCCAUCCUAGUCAUUCCACCAUCCUCAUAUUUGGGUGACCCUGGUGUCUCCACUAGCUGUAGGUUCACGCUGAUCACACUGGCAAGUACGCUAUUGCAGAUCGCUGACCCAAAUUUUGUCUUAGACAUUGCCUUUCAUAUCUGCCAUUGAGCUGGGCUUAUUUGAAAAGCUCAGGCAAAUUUUGAUAAACCAACUUUUGCUUUAUCCAUUCCUGAUAAGACCAUAACUCCUAACAGAUUUUGCAGCUGGCAAAAUGAAAACUACCCUUAGUGUGAUUUUUUUUCUUUUUUUCCCUUUUUUUUUUUUUUUUUAACAUCAUCUUAUCCAGUAGCGAAAACAAAAAGCAAAUUAAAUGGUAGAUUGUCCCUUUGGCUUCCAGCUUUAAAUUGUUCUCUAUAAAAAGUCACUCUGGGAAAUGGAUUUUUCAAAUGUUAACCAAAGUGACAAGCAGGCAGAAACUGAGAUGGUGUGAAAAUGCAGGUUCCACGCACACACACACUCCUGCUCUCCAGGGCUUGUUUCAGCUUUGGGGCAGCAGCAGGUGAAAACUUCACCCGUAUCACAGCGGCUGCAAAAAGUGGAGGACAGAGCCAGAUUGUUACCCAAAUCUUUCCUUACCAGCAGCUCUCCUUGACAGCACUCAGAAAGGUGUCUUUUUAGUUUGGUUGGGUAGUGUUAACAGGAGACGCGUCAGGCCUUCUUGAGAACUUUCUGGCUGCCUUAACUUCUUUGACAGAAUUUCCCCCCCUCAGGGGGCUGAGCUGGCUGAACCUCCCACCACACCCACUCCUUCUCACUGUUUUCCCCCUUUCUCCUUCAUUUAUCCCCCUUUUCUCCCUUGUGAGCAGGAGUCGGCGUGCCACUGGGCCUUAACCCCUCCCGGCAGCCUCCUCAUUGGGGAGAGUCCAAGAAGGGCUGAAGCACGACCCUGACGUCCCCCUGCACCUGUGUGGAUCCCAAAGGUUAGGAUUGUUUUUGAGAGGAAAGAUAAAAUAUGUUUUAAUGGUAUCCUCAGGAUGAAACAUUAGCUAGUUUUUGACAUUUCCAUGAUAGAAAACUGCUGUCUUUUAUUACCAGGCAAAGCCAGGGGCUGCUGCCACAGAAAUGCCUGAGUGGUUUGCUGGAUUUUAAGGAACCUGGAAUGGUUAAAGAGCAUCUGCUGUGUCAGCCUAUGCUCUGCAUAGUAUUUUUAUGUGUGGAUCCCAUUCAACAUCAGCUCAUUUUAUUCUUGUACCUUCAGUAACAAUUCCUACGGCAACAAAAAUAAAAUAAAUUGGAGAUAUAUUUCUGCAAGCUGAAGGAUCAAUAUCAAUUCAAGGAGGAGUUCAUAAAGACCUUAUGUGAGACAGAAAUGGAAAUACUCUGUACUGCUGGCGUGUUUCUCUUCAAAAUAUUUAGAACAUUUGUGACAAUAUAAAAAAAGUUUGCUGACUGAGCUGAUCAAUGGAAUGUGGAGGCAGUUUACUUUAAGGCUAUUUACUUUCACAUGGAUUAUUUAUCUA